CCCACCCACCACACAACCCCACAAUACAGACAGUUAUCUGAGCCAUGGGAGAGGUAGAUCCUGCCUUCAUCCAAGCCAUUGAACACCGGCCCAAACUUUCCAUUACUGAAGAUGAAGGCAUUCCAUUGAUUGAUCUAUCCUCCAUCUCUAACCCUAAUCAUGAUGAGCUUGUAGCAAAGAUAGGUGACGCAUGCAAGAACUGGGGUUUCUUCCAAGUCAUCAACCAUGGGGUUCCCUUUGAACGUCGUCAGAAAAUCGAGUCGGGGGCGAGGAAGUUCUUUGGUCAGUCCAAGGAAGAAAAGCUGAAGGUGAAGAGAGAUGAGGUGAAUCCGUUGGGUUAUUAUGAUACUGAGCAUACAAAGAAUGUUAGGGAUUGGAAAGAGGUGUUUGAUUUUACUGUGCAGAAUCCGACUCUCAUACCGGUUUCACAUGAGCCUGAUGACAAGGAGGUGAGGGACUUGAUUAAUCAGUGGCCUCAAUAUCCUCCUGAAUUAAGAGAGGCAUGUGAAGAAUAUGCUGAAGUAUUGGGAGAAUUAUCUUUCAAGUUGUUGGAACUCAUCUCCCUGAGCUUAGGCUUGUCAGUGAAACGAUUGAAUGGCUUCUUCAAAGACCAAACCACUUUUAUUAGACUCAAUCACUAUCCGCCUUGCCCUAUUCCUGACCUAGCUCUAGGCGUUGGGCGACACAAAGACGGCGGAGCCUUGACCAUCCUUGCUCAAGAUGAUGUUGGUGGGUUGGAAGUGAAGCGAAAAUCCGAUGGAGAAUGGAUUCGUGUCAAACCUACUCCAAAUGCUUAUAUCGUCAACGUUGGCGACAUUAUUCAAGUUUGGAGUAAUGACAAGUAUGAGAGUGUGGAGCACAGGGUGAUGGUGAACUCGGAGAGAGAAAGGUUUUCUAUUCCAUUCUUCCUGAACCCAGCACACUAUGUUAUGGUAGAGCCCUUGGAGGAGCUCAUAAGCGAGAAAAGCCCUGCUAAAUACAGGCCAUACAACUGGGGAAAAUUCUUCUCCAACAGAAAGCGCAGUAAUUUCAAGAAGCUCGAUGUUGAAAACGUCCAAGUUCAUCAUUUUAAGGUAGCUGCAGAGUGAUUAAUCGGAUCUUAAUUUAGGGGAAAUAAAAUGUGCUACCAUCAAUAGUAUAAUGCUUUGUAUAUUAGCAUAAUAAAUAAAUAAGUAAAUAAUCAAGCAUGCUAUGUAGGGAAAUAAGGGAUCUGAUUUCGUGACAUGGUAUGAUAGCAUCCAUGCAUGAUCAAGUUUGUUUGUGCAAAUCACAUCAAUGUAUUUUUGUUUAUCUUUUAGGUCUCCAUAUUUUUGGAGUUGAACCACAAGUGUAACUUACUGUUUAUUUGUCCAUUGAGAAUAUUAUUUAGCACUUA